AUGAUUUCUUCAACAAAUCUUCAUAUAUAUUCUUCAAAUGAAAUGCUAGCAGCUGGUUUUAUUUAUAUCAAUCGAGGAGAUACAACUCGUUGUGUCUUGUGUGAAUUAGAAGUAUCGGAAUGGACAUUUGAUAUGGAUCCAUUGACUAUACACGUAGAACGAAGUCCUCUUUGUGCAUUCGUUCAUAAUUGGUUACCAUUAAAUAAAUGUCAAAAACCAACUCCUUUGCAAUCGCCACCCAAAUUAGAUUUGUUUAUACGAGCAUCCAAACGACAAAAGACAGAAGUAACGCCAAUCUUGUACGAAGUAGAUAAACUUAAAAAAAUUCGUCAUCGCUCAUUUUACUGUUGGCCUCAUUCAACAUCAUUUCGUUCUCGAAUGGUCGAAGCUGGGUUUUUCUCUUGCAAUAUUCGAGAUCGAGUCAUUUGUAUAUAUUGCGAUCUUAUUUGUCAAGAAUGGAAUAUUGAAUUAGAUGAUCCAUGCGAAGUACACACAAUACUCUCACCGAAUUGCUUAUUCGUCAAAUAUAUACCUCACUGUGAUGCAUCACACGAUAAAAGAAUUGUAUCCAAAUUACCAAGUUACAUGUAUUAUGUAGAUCCUGAAAAACGACAAGCAUCUUUUUCUAAUCAUUCUUAUGACGGACUUCAAUCAAUAGAUAAACUUGUUGAUGGAGGUUUCUUCUAUGAUGGUACUAAAGUAAUAUGUUUCUAUUGCAGUGGUUCAUUCGAUAAUGAGGGAUCGAGUAACCAUCCAAUCGCUGAACAUCUACUACGGUUUCCAUACUGUCAACAUGCUAGACAAUUAUGCGGUGAAGAACUAUAUCAUAAAUUAAUACAAUCAACAAAAUAUACGUCAGAAAAUUUAAAAACUAGAGACUUCAUAAAGAAUCAAUAUCCAUCGAAUAAUAUUGAUGAUGAAAUACUUUUGAAACUUGUUGAUGAUUCUCUUGGUUUACCUACUUCGAAAUAUUUAUUGGAACUGCAAAAAUUUGAACGAUCAAUCCUUGAACAUUGCUGGAAAGAUCUACUUCAACAGAAAAAUUGUAAUCCUAUCGAUAUUUGCGAUUUAUAUUUUUCGUGCGAAAUUUUCAGAAAACAAUGUGAACUCAUUGAAAUGAAGCAGAAGGACAUUAUUGUUCCGAAUAUUGUACUGAAAGAAUUUUACGAGAAUAAACGAAACUCCUCUUUCAUAAGUGAAUAUCCAUUGCCAUCUAAUUCGUUGAUUAUCUCAAAUGGAGCAGAUAGUUAUAUAAUGGAUUCGUUUGAAAGUGAUCUUGAAAUCUAUAGAACAAAUCGGCAAAAACUAGCAAAUACAUUCAUGGAAAACAUAGAUAUAACAAUAGAACGUGAAAAGUCAUUAUCGACGUGGUCACUCAUAAAACCAUCACGAUUCGAUUUAACACAAGGAGGUUGGGUCAUAUCUGAGACAGAUGGCUACUCGAAAUGUCCUCAUUGUCAAGUACACUAUUGCAAUUGGAAUAUGAAUGAUAAUCCUUUACUCAUACAUAAAUAUCUUUCUCCACUCUGUUUAUUUGUCCUAUCGCCCAAUCCCUUCAACUCAAAUCCAAUACCAAUAAGAAAAAUAGCAGAACAUUUCACUGAUGAAGAUAUUAUCAAUGCUGAAUCUCAGCCAUAUAACGGUCUUGUUCAACAGAGACAUGAAUGGAUGUCAUCAAUUUUUCAAAGACAAAAUUCAUUCCAAAGAUAUCCUGGUGGUUGCCCCACUAAUGCUUAUGAACUUGCAAAAUCUGGCUUUUACUAUACAAAUCAUGGCAGAUUUAUCACGUGCUUCUAUUGUAGAAAUAAUAUAUUUGCGUUCAUACCUCGUACACGAUCUGAUCGAUAUCUGGAACACUUACCUCACUUAUUUCCAUGCCGUUAUAUUCAACAAUUCAAUGAUGUUGAUUCAGAAUCAUGGACACAUCAAGUUUCAAAUAAAUGUACAUGGUGUAUGGUUGAAAAAAAAAGACUUAUGGCGUUACCAUGUCGUCAUUUUUGUUUAUGUGAAUCAUGUGGUCAAGUCAAACGUUCAUGUCCUGUAUGCCAAAAGAAUGUAACAGUAUAUAUCAUAAUUUAUUUACCUUGA